GCCCGUGCGCGCGCCCCGCGGCUCCAGCCCAGCUCUCGGAGCCGCCUUCGCUGCCACAGUCCGCUCCCUGGGGCCGCCGCCGCCUCCCCUGGGUCGCGGGCUCUGUCCGCGGGGCCCGUGCCGCUCGCCCCGAGCCAGGAGGACGAGCUCGAGGAGGAUGCCUGGGCCCCCACUGAUGAGGAAACUGAGACAACAUGUCACCCCUCAGCUCUCACUCCCAUCCCCUGCUGUGCUCCCAGUGAGUGUGUGGCCUAAGAAAACCCUACAAAGUGAUAUCCUCACAAACUCCACAAAUAAACCAAGAUGGAAUCCUGAAAAAUGUCCAAAUAACCCGCAAAAAGGUCCCGCGCGGCCCCGGGUGAGGCCCGCCAGCGUGCCUGCCGGCGCCAUGGGAAGGAGCGGGCGCCGCUGCUGCUGCUGCCUCCUGCCUGCGCGCGCACGACUUGAACCCAGCUGCGGGCAGCCCCCGGCCGCGGGUCCCCGAGUGACGCUGGCGGCAUCUGGGAGCUUGGCGCGGGCCCGGGGCCACGUCGAGGAGCCCAUUGUCCAGUGAAACAGCCGAGGACCCGCCGCCCGCGCCGCCGCCAUGGUUAUGUCCCAGGGCACCUACACGUUCCUCACGUGCUUUGCCGGUUUCUGGCUCAUCUGGGGUCUCAUCGUCCUACUCUGCUGCUUCUGCAGCUUCCUGCGCCGCCGCCUCAAACGGCGCCAGGAGGAGCGGCUGCGUGAGCAGAAUCUGCGCGCCCUUGAGCUGGAGCCCCUUGAGCUCGAGGGCAGCCUGGCCGGGAGCCCCCCCGGCCUGGCGCCCCCGCCACCACCUCACCGCGGCCGUCUCGAGGCGCCGGCGCACGCCCACCAGCACGUGCACGUGCACCCGCUGCUGCACCACGGGCCCGCGCAGCCGCACGCGCACCCGCACGCACACCACCACGCGCUUCCGCACCCACCGCCGCCGCACCUAUCAGUACCGCCGCGGCCGUGGAGCUACCCGCGCCAAGCGGAAUCGGACACGUCCAAGCCACCGUGCUACGAAGAGGCGGUGCUGAUGGCCGAGCCGCCGCCGCCCUACAGCGAGGUGCUCACGGACACACGCGGCCUCUAUCGCAAGAUUGUCACGCCCUUUCUGAGCCGCCGCGACAGCGCGGAGAAACAGGAGCAGCCGCCGCCCAGCUACAAGCCGCUCUUCCUGGACCGGGGCUACACGUCGGCGCUGCACCUGCCCAGUGCCCCGCGGCCCGCGCCGCCCUGCCCUGCGCUCUGCCUGCAGGCGGACCGCAGCCGUCGGGUCUUCCCCAGCUGGACCGACUCGGAGCUCAGCAGCCGAGAGCCACUGGAGCACGGAGCCUGGCGACUGCCGGUCUCCAUCCCCUUGUUCGGGAGGACUACAGCCGUAUAGAGGGCGCCCGGCGUCCCGGGCCCCACCCGCGGACUCCUGGCCUGAUUGCGGGGCUUUUUAAACGCUUCCCUUGGAUUG